AUGUACAUGCAGCUACUUCCCUUCCACAUUCGCGCAAUCACUAAUUCUGCCGCCAGGCUUUUACACCGCGAAGGCGGUCCUAUCUUCUUGACCUACGCAGUAAUGAACUACAUGGUGAUAAAACACUAUCUGCCUCGUGAAGUUCGGGACAUGAUUUGGGCCCAGGUCUGGGACGAGCAUACCGUUGAGAAAACCCUCGUUUACAUGCGCAAUACCAUCAACAGCACCUGCCGUCUGUGCCUCAACCCUAAGGACCUGACCUGUCCAUAUCAUCUAUGUCUCCCAUUCUUUGUGCGCCCGGAGCUGGUUGGACCAGAGAUGGCGACAGAACUAGUGGAGUCAUGGUACAACAUUGCAGCGACCAAGCACCACGAGCUACUCUACGCGUGGACCGCCAAGGGUGUACAGGAGAUCAUUUGCAAGGACGCUUUCAACAUUGGACGCGAACCAGCCCAGUUCAUAAGAAAGCUGAAAAUCAGCAUGAGUGUUGACGAUUUCGUUCCACCACCGGUGCCAUUGGAACCGGGAAAAGAGGGUUGGGGCGAUAUCAGGAGUGCAGAACAUCGCCGAGAACUCAUCACCGAGCCUCUUUUGAAGAUCCAAAACAAAUCGGGAUUCCGGUUCAUCAUUGAAGUCCGCCAGAAGCACAUCAGGCUUAACCUCUGGAAAGAGGUUUUUGACGCGUUGAGAGAGCCGGUGAGGGUGAUGAAGGACGAAGGGGCGAUCGUGAAAGCCACCUUUGAUUACAAAGGGAGGGAUGAUUAUGAGAACGAAAUCACAGUAACGUACGAUAUCGUGGAUGCUAUGGCGCAACCCGAGGAGGAAUGGAAAGCGAACGCAGUAGCCUUCUUUGAUGCGCAACCCGAGAUUCCCGACAUACACCGUCUAUACAGGGACGAGAAUCGCCCAGAUUUUGAUCCAAAGAGCGAUGCGUAUCUCACCCAAGAAGAGAUCGCCGACCGCGAAGAAUCCGACCAUGAUUAUAUGAUGCAUUUUGACACAUACAACGCACCUCCGCCCCAUAAUCAUGUGCGUGAGUACAUGGAAACUGGAACUCUGAAGCAUGAGGCAGGGAUUUGUCGGUGCCCCGAUUGUGACUCGAGCCUCGGCGAUCUCCUGCGGGGGCGGAACAGAAUGCGUUACUCGAGUGACGAGGAUGAUGAGAACGGUGGCCACGCCGACUAUGAUGACGAGGAGGACGAUGAGGAAAGUGAUGAUAAUGGAAGCUAUGAUGAUACCAGGAGCGACGAUGAGAUGGAAAAUGCUCAGGGCGGACAACAGUCAGGUGCUUCUCAUCAAACGUAA